UGGCAGCACGUGUUCGAGACGAUUUCGGUUGCUGGUUCUUGAAGAUUUGCAGCCAUUGCAGCGUUGUAUUUGUUUUUCCGUUGAUGAAAAUAAUUAUUCUGUUAAUGAAAUCGAAGUAUUGUAUUGUUAUUUGUAAAGUUUAGUUCGUUAUUUCGUCGUGAAUUAUUAUUCUGGAUAAAAAUUCAUACGAAGUCCGUUACGGCAAAUUAUACUGAUGUCAUGUCUUCGAAAUUUACGUAGCAUCGUUCCGUUUUCCGAAGGAGUUUAUAACAUUAGUUCCUGAGUCGUUUUCGCUUUAACGAUCGGUUAGUGCGUGUUUCCAAAAUGAUUGCUAAUGAGCAUUCGAAGCAUUACGGUGCUUUUCUUGGAAAAGCUGCCGAAGAUACUGUGGAUUUCGCUAACGAUAUGGAACUAGAUCACGAUUACGAUAUUCUACCAACUAUCGCAGCUGAAAAUGCCGCUCUUAAAGUUAAAUUAAAACAAGAAUGCGAUAUUGCUCACGUUACGAAGAAUAACAUUAGUAAAGCUGAUAUUCGUAUCGAAGCGUUAAAGCGCGAUAUUGCUCAUUGCGACGAACUAAUCGAAACCAAAACCCAGGAACUCGCUAAAUUAGGAGAAGAAUUGACAAAUUUAUGUAUUUCUCGCGAACACAUUCGAAGUAACACCGAGAAUUUGAAAAGACAACACGAAUUGAUUGCGAUCGAAGAUGAUCAACGGAAAAAGGAACAGGACUCAGUUCGCUCCAAUUACGAAAAAAUGAUCAGGAAUAGAAAGGAAAUCUUCAACUCGAAUCGUCUCGUUGUGCGAAGAAAUAAUCUUCGAAAUCAAUGCGAAGGAGCUCGAAUUCAAUCAGCUGUCCUUGAAGAACGCCUUAAAGAGCUGCACCGACAAAAGAGACAAUUUCGUGAAAUUCAAAAUUUGCAUUUAAAAUCGGCGUCUGUCGAAUUGGCUCAAGUCUGGCUAGACAAUAAGAACGAAAAAGAUCGUAUCGUUCCGUUGAAAAAUAAAUUACGUGAAAAAAAAGAAACGUUCGAUAAAAUAUUGGCCGCAAAAUCUAAAGCAGAAAAUGAUACUAGAAGUCCAGGUUCACGUUUUGUUAGUUUACCGAUGCCGACAUUUUCGCAGCCGUUGAGUAUACCGUCGUUAAAUGCGGAAGAAACCGAAUUGACCAAAUAUUUUCGUAGAAUUAAUGUAUUCAAGAAAAGUCGAUCUCCGUGUUUGUUACCUAACGUGUUAGCACGUACGAUUUCUCUCAAAGAAAAAGAACCCAGUUCUUCGAAGAAUACUCAAGCUUCAAAUCCUAGUCCGGUGAUGAAAAGUUCUACUCUAAAUUCGAAUGAAAAGCUCGAUAUAAUCGAGAAAAAAUCUUCCGAAUCACCAAAACUCAGUCUAGAAGAAGCGACGAAAACACGAGCUUUCCAACCAGUGAACUCAGCAAACGCGGUAUCGGAAGAAAUCGUUGAAAUCAAACUACAAGAUAGCGAUCCAGCUGCGAUAACCGAAAAACCGCGCCAAACGCCGGCGUUCGUGUUAGAUAAGCAUUCGCCUAAUUCUCCGGAAAAGGUCAACUCUAAAUUCAAACCGGUGGAAAAACACGUAUCGCCUUUAACUGUGUCACGAAUGUCACCGCUGAAUACGCCGUCUAAUAAAUCACCAAUGCGUAUCUCUCGUAUACCAGUUCCGCUAUCGACUAGCUCCCCCAUUAAUGCUAACUCCCGUAUACCUGUACGAUUCUCACCGGUGAACGUGAAACAGAAACGAGAUUACGUUGAAAAAGAAAACAUCUCUCAUAGAAUGAACACGGUGAAAAAAAUCGAUCGCAGUUCACCUUUGGAUAUUUUGAUCGAUACGACUGAUGUGAGCAGAAAAGGCCAAGCUUUCAAAAGAUCCGACGUUGGUAGUCCGAAGAAAGGAAUCAAAUGCCCUAAAAUGGAUUACGCUUAUCUCAACGCGAACUUGAAUGCAACUAAAAAUCUGCACGAUAACGACGAAAUGUUUACCAAAGAAGUUGAUCAAGAUAGACGACAAAUUCGAAAAAAUUAUCGCAGCAGGGAUGAGUUCAGCGUCGAAAACGCAAUUAACGAAAUUAAUAAUGAAAAUAACCCGAUGAUUAAAUCGUACAUGGAACGGAUGCGAAUGAUGAGAGAAGAAUACGGCGGUAAAGAUUCGCGUAAUGAGAAAUACGAAGACGAUAUCGAAGUAAUACAAGAACCAGCGAAAGAUUCCAAAAAAUCUGACGUUGUGGCUCGUGAAUCGUACGGGCAUUUGAAUAAAAACGCCUAUGUACCCAAAAGUGUAUCAGAUUCGGACGAAAUACCGACCAUAGAAGUGGACCAAAUUGAAGACGAUAUCGAUGAGAAUGACAUAUCGAUUAAAUCACACUACGAUAGAAUGAACGCGUUACGAGGAUACGUCAAUAAAGAUACCCGUAAAGACAUCCGUGAAACGGACGAUAUCGAAAUGCUUAAAAAAUCUACAAAAGAUUCCAAAAGGCCGGAAACAUUCGCACGUGAAGCACACAAAACCGACUCGAGGCAUUUUAUUAAAGACCAAACUGACGUGUGCAACAAAUACAACGAUGAGUUUUCCAAACACAGCGAGAAAUUCCAAACCAACUAUCGUGCCGAUCCCAAAGAUUUCAGAGCCAUUGAAAAAGUUAAUUUGGAAGCCAAUCUGAAGCAUUCUGUUUCUCGUUUCGAAAAAAUGGACGAAAUUACUAAAAAACUACCUGAUAAAAUGGACAGAUUUGGGAACAAGUACAACGACCCAGGUUAUUCGACAAAUAACGAAAAUUCGGGCGAAUUUUUCGAAAAGUUAUCCAAAUCUUCGUCUUCGUCGUCCGAUUAUAGAAAUCGUUCAGAGGCGUUUUCUCCGUUCGGUAGUUUUACAUCACCUCCAGAUUCGAAUAAGUAUUCACCGCCGUUUGCAGCCCUGGGUGAAAGAGGAGGAUCGAUGUUCAGUUACGAUACCGGUGUUAACCAGCUAUUCGGCUCAUCGACAGAUGGUACCAGUAGCCAAUCGCAAAACCAGAAUAACGGAUUUUUCGGAUUCAGUUUCACUAGUUCAAUGGAACAAAAUGACCAGCCUUUGAAAAUGUUCUAGUAUUAUUAACGGCGCGAGAAGUACCAAGUUAGUUGUUAUUUAAUUACUGAUUCAGUUCGCGAUUCGCGUUUAAAAUUAUUAUUUUUUUUACUGAUCUAUCAGUAUUUUUUUCAGUUUUGUUUCCUUUUAAGUAGUUUUCUUUUUGUUUUAGUUUAAUUUUUUGCUCCCUUUCUAUUAGAUGCAAUAAAAAAAUCAUUCGUGUUGAUUA